AUGAAAACUGAAGAGGGUCACGAUUGCAGAAGUGGCGGCUAUGGUGGAGGCCCCGGUGGGUAUGGUGGCGGCAACCAGGGCUAUGGCAACCAGGGUGGCAGCUGUGGAGGAGGAUACAACAAUGACAGAGGCAGCGGUGGUGGUAACUAUGGAGCUAGCGGUGGCGGCAGCAGCACAGCUGUUGGUGGCGCUGGAGAUUACAAUGACUUUGGCAAUUACAACAUCCAGUCGUCAUCCAGCUACGGCCCAAUGAAAGGAGGUGGCAGCUAUGGCAGUGGAGGGGGCAGGAGCAGCGGCCCAUAUGGUGGUGGCGGUGGUUAUGGUGGGGGCUCCAGUGGUGGUUAUGGUGGGGGCUCCAGUGGUGGUUAUGGUGGGGGCUCCAGUGGUGGUUAUGGUGGGGGUUCCAGUGGUGGUUAUGGUGGGGGCUCCAGUGGUGGUUAUGGUGGGGGCUCCAGUGGUGGUUAUGGUGGUGGUUCCAGUGGUGGUUAUGGUGGGGGCUCCAGUGGUGGUUAUGGUGGGGGCUCCAGUGGUGGUUAUGGUGGUGGUUCCAGUGGUGGUUAUGGUGGGGGCUCCAGUGGUGGUUAUGGUGGGGGUUCCAGUGGUGGUUAUGGUGGGGGCUCCAGUGGUGGUUAUGGUGGGGGCUCCAGUGGUGGUUAUGGUGGGGGCUCCAGUGGUGGUUAUGGUGGGGGUUCCAGUGGUGGUUAUGGUGGGGGCUCCAGUGGUGGUUAUGGUGGGGGCUCCAGUGGUGGUUCUGGUGGUGGCUCCAGUGGUGGUUCUGGUGGUGGCUCCAGUGGUGGUUCUGGUGGGGGCUCCAGUGGUGGUUAUGGUAGUGGUUCCAGUGGUGGUUAUGGUGGGGGCUCCAGUGGUGGUUAUGGUGGGGGCUCCAGUGGUGGUUAUGGUGGUGGCUCCAGUGGUGGUUAUGGUGGGGGCUCCAGUGGUGGUUAUGGUGGUGGCUCCAGUGGUGGUUAUGGUGGUGGUUCCAGUGGUGGUUAUGGUGGUGGUUCCAAUGGUGGUUAUGGUGGGGGUUCCAGUGGUGGUUAUGGUGGUGGCUCCAGUGGUGGUUAUGGUGGGGGUUCCAGUGGUGGUUAUGGUGGUGGUUCCAGUGGUGGUUAUGGUGGUGGCUCCAGUGGUGGUUAUGGUGGGGGUUCCAGUGGUGGUUAUGGUGGUGGUUCCAGUGGUGGUUAUGGUGGGGGUUCCAGUGGUGGUUAUGGUGGUGGUUCCAGUGGUGGUUAUGGUGGGGUUCCAGAGGUGGUUAUGGUGGGGGCUCCAGUGGUGGUUAUGGUGGGGGCUCCAGUGGUGGUUAUGGUGGGGGUUCCAGUGGUGGUUAUGGUGGGGUUCCAGUGGUGGUUAUGGUGGGGUUCCAGUGGUGGUUAUGGUGGGGUUCCAGUGGUGGUUAUGGUGGGGGCUCCAGUGGUGGUUAUGGUGGGGGCUCCAGUGGUGGUUAUGGUGGGGGCUCCAGUGGUGGUUAUGGUGGGGGCUCCGGAGGCCGACGGUUCUGAGGAAAAAUGUAGGGCGGUGGGCAUUGCUGGAGAACAUGGAGGGCCUGUUCCUGGCAGUGGGUGA